UCAAAAUUUAAAGCACCAAGCGUGUGCUGAUAAGAGUUUGGUGCACGAAGCGUAGCCGAUCACUUUGCCACGACACACCUUUUUCGCGAGGAGGUCGAACAACUCGUUUGAUAUCUCAGUCUUUAGUUGUCGCUGUGGUUUGGUGUGGUGCACUUUGGAAGUGAGUAUGGCUGAUACAACGGUAAAUUUGAAUGACGCUGGACGGCAGACGGGGAAAACCGUAUUCGUCGGGUCAGAUUUCACAGAUCUAAGUAUUCAGCAGAUCGACGAUGCGAAGGAAACUUUCCUCGACCUUGAAACGUACUGGAGAAGAUUUCGCUUCGAAAUCGACAGCCUGAAGGAAAAUCAUCGAGGAGAGGUAUACGCUUUUACAAUUAUUCAAACUUUACUUGAUUCUGAUAAUUUACAAAGAUAAUGCAAACUGUCGCUUAGCACCGCUAUAGUAUAAUGGCAUUUGGGUGGCGGAAUAGUUGGGUGGCGGAAUAGUUGGGGGCGAUGUUGGGUGGCGGAAUAGUUGGGUGGCGGAAUAGUUGGGCGGGAUCGAUUUCUCGUUUGAAAGAUACAUAGAAGCUCACAAUGUUUAUAAGACGUUUAUUGUCGUCGGCUGUCGUUGACUUGUGACUCAAGUCUUUUGAGUUCUUCAAGCACACAAAUACCUACUUUUCCUGGAUUAAUAUCUUAGAUACGUCCGUGGGAAAAUUGCGAGCUAAAUAACUUUUAUACCAACAAGACGUACGAAUUUUUAAAUUAAGUGUACAUAUUGUUUGAUGGCAUUUAAAUCUCUUCUGCCUACGCUCAGGUAAUGCUCAUACAUUGUACAGUAGUUUUGAUAGCGCGCACUAUAAUUAAAAUGGAAUGUUUUGUUGUCUAUAUUUUGUGUAAUGUUGAAAGUUUUCAUGCACGUUGUUCCACAAGUGUAUCAUACAAUCUUAGAAAAAGCUACAUUGUACACUCUUAAGCACCGCAUAAAAUAUUACCCUGGUUUAAAGACGUGUUUGAAAGGACGAAGUAUAUUAGUAAUUUGCAUAAUGCACAAACAUAUAACAAAGCCGAAGUUUCCGCUUAAAAUUCAGAGGAAACUAUUCGCUCCUUACAAGAAGACCGUUUAAGUCUAAAACUCUUUUUCGUUGAUAGUAAGUAUAUUUGAGCCUUUAAAUUUGUUUUAAAGUCAACUUCGCUCGCGUUCGAGGUUUAGUUUGUAGGGUAUUGAUAAGUUUAAGAUCAGUAGAGCGUACGAUUGGCAAACAGAUCGAUGUCGCCAGAACAAACUCGCAUAGAUGAAUCAGAAUGUUUGACAGAAAUUGUGUCAAAAACGUCGGAAGUCUUAAAGGUAGUUACGUUCAUGUGCAAUACAUUUAGACAAUACAAAUAUACGUUUCUCAAAUGCAGAUGCAAUAUAGUAUGAUUUAAUCUAUUUCGAGUACAAUAUAACGGCCUUUGUCCAGACCCAUCCACAAUCAUGGAAUUUGCCGAAGUGUCUAAAUGACUUCGCUGUCAUCAAAGUACCAAAAAGAGAAUACUUACACCAUAAAGUGUAAUUGCAUGGAAACUUCUGCCGUUCUGGGGUUUUACCACUUGUAUAGCGCUGUCAAUAAGUAUUUAUUGCCUCAGCUUGUCCAUCUUUAAUGUAUAAUUACCAUGCAGUGUGUUGUUGGGUUUGGCAGUGGGCAGUUUGAUGCAGAAGUAUUUGGGAAACCCUGUGGUGCGACAGUAUGGCGCUAUAAGCCUCCUAAUUGUAUAUGUAUAAUGCAUGGACCUUCAAUAAUAAACUGAAUAGUAUAAAGCUAAUGUGUAUCAUUUAAUUGCAAUAUCGAUGAAAUAGUAAGAUUAUAUAAUUUCUCUAACUACAUAAAAUAAAUAUUCAGUUUUACAGUUAUUGAGUAUAUUGAUAUUUUAUGGGAAGCAAUCCGGAGGAGGGCUAUCAGAAUUAAUUACACAAAAUGAAAAAAAAAUUAAGAGUGACAAACAGUCAAGGGUCGAAGCCGUGUGACGGAUUUUUUAAUAUAGCUUUUUCAAGCUUUCCCGACUCGACAAUCGAAUGUUACAAACAGUAUAGAACAGUACUAGAACAAGGCGCGGAAAAAUACGUUCGAAACUCGUAAAAUAUUCGGCUGUUGAAUCGUCAAUGUCUUCAAUUGUUCAAAAUGAAGUGGACAUUUCAUGCAUGGCAAAUAACAGUAUAUUUAUGUAAUGAUUUUUAGCCGUUUAAUACUACAACAGACUAUGUAAUAAAGCUUACGUGUGUCCACGAAUAUCAUAAAGCUAUGUUUCGUUUUAUAAAUCAUCGCGAAGCAUCCAUAGGCGUAGGAAAAAUAUCAAACCUAAAUAAAAUCGCCCUCCCCCCCGUGAAAAAUCAAAUGGUCCGUCCCUAUAAGUAUUAUCGCUUAUAGCUAAUUAACUACACAUAAUUCGAUAAUUUUAAUUUAGAUGCAAAUUAGUACUGAGCCAGAAACAAAAUUUCCAAAUGGGCUGCUUAAAAGUGCAGCAUUUCUCAUCUCCUUCGAUUGAUUUUUCUCAUUAAAUUAAACCUGUCACUGAGAACAGCCAAAAUAUAUUUACUAAGACCUUGCUUGACGUCUGCAUGGUAUCUUCAUGACUGGAACUUAAUUGGAAUGAUGCUCAUGUUGGCAUUUUGAUAACACACAGAUUCAGCAAGAUUUUAGUGCAAUCCAUAUGUUUGAUACUAAAUAAGACCUAAUAAAUUACAUGCAACAAUCCACUGAAGGCUUCAAAAAAUGUUAGGAAUUUUUCAUUGUAAAGAAAGACUUUUGGUUUAAGUACCAUUACAUAAUGAUAAAGAGAUCUUUGCAUGUUACAAGUUUGUUGUGAAGCCAGUAUUAAGUGCCUUUGAUAGGCUAAUUUUCUUUGUAAGCGCGUAGCCUGUAGGCAUUAAUCAACAAUCGUAUAAAAUAAUACAUCUAUUUAUAAAAUUAUAUACAUGCAUAUAUCUAUUUAUAAAAUAUAUAUAUAAAAUUAUAUAUAUAUUAAAUUAUAUAUAUUGUGUUACUGUUCACUCGGUGACCUUCGAAUUACUAGAUCGAUGCUCUACCAACUGAACUACACAGUCAGAACGGAUUGAAGACUGGAAAUUAUGAACUAUAUAAAAAUAUAGCCUAUAUACAUAUAUAUAUAUAUUAUAUAAUCAAUUUAUUCCAUGUUUGAUUAUCAACUAUUCAAUAUAUCGCACUUGAGUCAAUUAAAAACGACAUCCCAGAAUGAAUACAAACCGUUGCUUCACUAUGCACAAAAGGGAAAAUCUGUUGCUAUAGUCGUUGAAUUCAACAGACAUUUUGUCAGGUUAUUUCUGUUUUAUUGCAUAGUAUUGUGCCACGUACACUUAUCGUAAAUGCAUCAAGCUCAGUAGGGGGGUUGGAGUCCUUAAUUUGCAAACCGCAAGCCACAGAAUGACGAGACUUUUGAUAAACUGUCAUUGACGUGCGCGCACAGCGUACAAACAAUUAAUACGAGUAGGCUACUUACGCCGCCAUUCCAGAUCACGAACAAGGCCUUUCUCGAAGAGAAUCGAAAUUUUAUCCAAACGGAAGCUCAAACACUCUAUUAUAUUUGUUUUGAUAUUUGACAAUAAUCGCAAUUUGUCUCGGGGUGAGGUGAUAUCAGUUUUAUCGCUUGAGGGACGAAAUUGUCAUGCAGGGUCAGAAUUUAUUUUAAAAAUAUAAUCAUUGCAUGCCCCAAUGCAACAAUUAUUAAAUAGACUUGACAGAUAGAACUUAAUUAACAAAAACGAACACAAACAAAGAAUAACUUAUCUGUGAAUAGCGGCUGGUCGCUUUCUGUUUUUCUCUUUGUAUUAUCAUUUUAUUCUUCUAAACACGAACUUUUGGUUUGACAGCGACAAAUAUAGCGGGACAAAAAGCGAUAUCAGUGACAAAAAACGAUAGCAGUAACGAUAUCGUUUUUACGUCCCCCUGUUAUCGGUCUAAUAACGGCACAAUUAUAUAUAAGCAUGUAAAAACAUAUAAUAUAUAUAUACAGUACGUAUACGAGCUGUGUUUUGGUUCACGAAAUGCUAAAGAGUGCUCGAUAUCAUAUAUAGAUAGAGUAAAUAAUAUAGGUUUUUUACCUCGAAGGUUGCCACAAUAGCCUGUUUGAUCCAAGAGGUAUUAUAUUUAAGUAAUUAAGAGGACGAAAACUGGUGUAAAGUUAAUCCCCGAGCCGACGGCGCGAAGCGCCGUGCGAGGGUACUAAUUUCCCCCGGCUAUUUACACCCGGAGAAACGAAAGCAUUAGCGAAGUCUAAAGUUCAUCAAUGAUCGCGGGCGUGGGUGAACAACGAUGGGUGGUCAUCCUCACUGAUCUUAGCCCGCGUGCAGGCCCAAGGGAAGAUAUUACACCCAAAUAUUAAUAAGGCACCCAAAUAUUAACAAACAAACUCGCAUUAAAAUGUUGCGGGGUUUUCCCUGCUUAUUCAGAACAUAAACAAUGUGUAAAUGGCUGCGUUUUAACUCCAAAAAAGCAAGCAACGCAGUAAGUAAUUGCCAAAUUUGCAAGUGCUCAUUUUCAACUAAAAUCGGAACAGGCAAAUGAGGACGAGUCAACAUCAACCAAAAGAUAAUUUUCUUGAGGAACAUAUAACGUAUCAAGUCUGUUUGAAAUUAAUGAAACUCGAGUAAAGGUUACUACAGUUUACCCCAGUAGUAAUGUUGCUAUUCCAACACUUCACGACAAGCAAUCCCCACUGGCAUACAUAACGGCAAAAACAUCUCUUCCUUCAAGUAAACAAUAAACAGUCUGUUCUUGUUUAUAAUCGAAAAAGUGAUCAAUUUUCGAAUUUUAAGCUUAUCGAGAGCCUUUGUGAUGAAUCACUGAUCUAAUUAUAGAAUCCAAAAGCAAACAGCCAAUCAGAACGCCGCGUUUGUGGGCGAACGCGGAAAGUACAAAAUACCGGGCGUUGCUUGCAGGCCCACUAUUCUUCCCUUGGGCCUGCACGCGGGCUACACUGAUCUCAAAAAUAUGGCGGACUGUCCGGAAUAGCGGACACUGAUUGGUCCAAUUUAAAGUUUGCAUUAUGAUGACUGCAUGACGACAGCGAAAUAGCAAACAUUUCUUGAUUUGAUUUGAUGAUUGAUAAAUUUUUUGCAAAUAUAUUUCAUUUUUGCUCGCAUUUUUGCAAGAUUUUGUAAAUUUCAAAAGCUGUCUCACAAAGAAAGGGCGAAAAAAUCGGCUAAAAGAAGGGAGCCGACGUUAACGAAGGUAAGUUUGUUUUAAAUAUUGAUUUUAUAAUUGCUUUAAAACCCGACGGCCUUUGUGUAUAUGAAACAAAUAAACAAGACAGCAUAUAAUUUCAGUGUAUCUUUAAUAUUGAUUCCCUUUUUUAUUAUAUUGUAUUUUUUAAAUAAAAAAGAAAGCAAAGUUAUUUGCAUGCGAGAAUUUGAAAUCAUUUUAUUGCAAACUCAAAGUUUAUCGAUAAAGCCAUUUAAUUAAAGGCAGUUUAGUUUUAUAAAGAACACUUUAAAACCUUUUGCGAAGCGUUUGUGGUUGAAUUUUACCUUAAAUUGAAGCUAAUAUUACGCGUAUAAUAAUAUACCUAACAUAUAUAUGUUGGGAAAUUGAUAAUUUUGUAAUUAAAAAUGAUAUUUUAAGGGAUUUUUCAUUUGUAAGAAUAUUCUUAAAAAAAUUAUCGUGUUACCAUGACAACUACUUUAGUUACUUCAUGUUCGGAAAAUACAAUGGUUUUGUCAGCAAGGCGAGGGUUUCUGCAUGCAUGUAUUUUCUAGUUUUAUAUUAGAUAGCUUAAGAUCUACGACGUCGACGUUAGCUAGGACGUCAGGGCUAAGCAGAGGACUGGGACUACAUUAGGACGACAUCCUAGUCCCAGUCCUCUCCAUAGCCCUGACGUCCUAGCUGACGUCGACGUCGUAGAUCUUAAGCUAUCUAUUAAUAUAUAUAGGUUGAUUUAAAACGUACCUCGUCGUUCUUACAAAAUGUCUUACUUAUUUCCCUCCCCCAAAUAUUUUCUCUCCUCCCCCAAUUUGCCCCCCUAUACACGUACAUGUUUAUAAAAUCUAUGUUCAAAAGGUUUUGCCCCACAAAUAUUAGGCUUCCCCCUCAAUCCCCUCACGGCCAAACCCAACCCCCGCCAUAGUUUGAGACUUGGCGGCGCCACUACAUUAAUGGACAGAGGAAAAGCGAAAGCGGGGCCAUUUUUAUUACAAAACUGCACAAUAUAGCUUCUGUAGUAAUAUACUAGCACAUGUUAGUUAAUCGUAUAUUGCCAGAUACUUGCAUAACAUACGAACAGAUCACAGAUCAAUGGCGUCACAAAAUACAAGUAGCUCACGUCGCAGUUCCAAGAUCGAGGAAUCGCUCUAGGGUAUAUGAUGUAGGGCAUGUUCCAAGUGGUUAUUGGGUUAUAUAUAGAUCGAAUAAUUCCUAAAAAUUCUUUGUAUCUAAUAGAUUUAGGCAAAAAAAGUAAAUUCCCGUAAAGAACUUAUUAAAAUAAGUAAAAUUGGUUGCGAAAUGUUGUAAAAUGUAGAAACUAUUGCCUUGCGAAGUUUGGAUAUUUUCAGUAUAUUUGUAUUACGUGCGGAAAUUGUUACCAUUUUUGAGCCGAAAAUGGUAACAAUUUCCGCACGUAAUACAAAUAUACUGAAUAAAUGCAAACUUCGCAAGGCUACAUUCUCUGUAUUUUACAACAUUUCGCAACCAAAUUUUGCACUGUUUACUAAUUUCAUUAUUUUCUUUUUAACUCUUGUGUUUGAUUCCCUUCUCUUUACUCUGAUUAAAAUUUAGUCUAACAUGCAAGUUGUUCAUUACGAGGAGUCGGUAUGCAAAAUAGGCCGUUGUAAAAUGAAUUAUUUUACUAAUCUUGAACGGUCUGUGCCAGUGUAGGUAGUGCCAAUAAUAAGAGAACAUUCGGAUUGAUAGAGAUGCAACUACCUGCAAAAUACAAGAACUUCGACGUUUCGAGCGAAGGCACUUCGUCUGGAAGUACUAGGCGAAUUUGUUCGCGGCAGGCGACUUUUUCCUUUGUCGGCAUCACUUGUCACGUCAGAAUAAAGCGGUGCCGACAAAGGAAACAGUCGCUUUGCGCCAACAAAUUCACCUAGUGGAGAACGGGCUUAACUUCCCGACGAAGGGCCUUCGCUCCAAACGUCGAAGUUCUCCUUGUAUUUUUCAAGUAGUUGCAUCCAUUAUUUUAAGAGCAAAGUGGCUUUUCUCCCUGAGAUCGUGGGUAUACGAUUCUCGCUACAGACUCGUGUGAAAAGAGUCUGUCAACGCUCUGCCGAAAAUCGUGGAUUCUCUCCGGUGUCCCAGCAGAUUUGGACCCCCCCUCAAAAUGGACCCCCCCCCGGUCCAAAUCCGCUAGCGAAUAUGGACCGGGGAGUCCAUAUCCGCUAGCGAAUAUGGACCUAUGGGGGUCUUUAUUCGCUAGGGCAUUUGGACUCCCAUCGCGAAUUUGGACCCCUCGCGUAUUUUAUCAUUGCAACGUAUUGUAUUUUGAAUAUUGUACUGAAAGAGUUUUAAAUCGUCAUAAUCUCAUCUGAUUUAUUUUAAAAACCGUACGAAGAUUCUUAGAUUAGAAAAUUCCAUCAAAUCAUAGAUGUUUAGAUUAAAGAAUUCCGUCAAAGUUUAUGAUUUAUAAUUUUUCUGCUACUCAUGGGUUUAUUUCUAUGAUCUUGGAAUGUGCGAGAAGCGCAUGAAGCCUUCACAAGUAUUUUACUCCUUGGAAUUGCUGUCCGCUCUGACGCUUAACUAAUGAAAUAAAAACGGAAAAUGAAAAUAUAUUUCAAAUUAUUUUUGCCUUAACAUACCCAUAACAAAGUGAUGCAUUCCAUUCAACCCUAAACUUUUAUAGAAUUAGCAUCUCAAUAACUUGUUUUCGUCAUUAAGCAAAUUCUAAGAUAGUUGAGUCAUGCCAAUAGUUAUCAUACAUACCGUUACAUUGCAUGUUUAAUAAAUUUGUUAUUAUAUUGUUAUUAGCUAAUAAAUGUUGUGCAAACCUUUCGCAAAUGCUCUCAGUUUGGGAUUACUUUAUUAAUAUCGUUAGACUUUUACGCAAAGCUGGUUAUUUUGAUCUCGAGAAUACAUAUAUUAUCUAUAAUUUCAUCAUAGAUUAGUCGACAACUACUCGUAUAAUUAAUUCUUAAAUCGAAAAUUUCUUCUUUUUGUGAAUUUUAGGGGGUCCAAUUCCGCGGAAGGGGGUACAUAUCAGCUAGCGGAUGUGUACCGUAGGGGUCCAAAUCCGCUAGCGGAUAUGGACCGGGGGUCCAUAUCCGCGGGGAGUCCAAAUCCGCUGUGACACCGGGCGCUCCGGUUUCCUCCCACAGGGCAAGUUGGCAGGGUGGGUUAGGAUAAACAUAGUUAGGAAAGUAAUAUCACAAUUGUUGUAAUGAUAAAUAGUCUAGGCUAAGGGACCGGUCAAUAAGUAUGGGGGAGGGGAGCGGAGUAUUCACAGAAGUAGGGGCCUAAAAAUGUAUGACCCACCCUCUUUUACUGGCAUAAAAUCAGAUGACCCACUCCCAGAUUUUGGCUGCAAAUAACAUAACCCAAAAUAUUAACUUUAUAUUUAAUAAAAGGAAAAUACAUACAUGCAGUAACCCCAUAGAAAUAUUAGACCUAGAAUGCGUACAUGGUCAUGUGACUGGUGUCCAAAUUGAAAACAAAAACGCCCUAAUAAAUCGGCCAUGUUAGAUUUGUCCGAGGAGCGGUCUGUAGCGAAAGGACAUGGGGCGAGUUUAAUUUGCCCGUAUAAAUCGGCCAUUUUGAAUAGUUAAUGUGCGUCACAUGUUUAACUGGGAAAGGAUAGGAGCAAACCAUUAGAUUUUCUGAACAAGAAGUAUUUAAAGUAGUUGGCAUGUUAACACGAUAAUUGUAUUAAGAAUAUUUUUAAAAUUGAAAACCCCCUAAAAAUAUCACUUUUAAUUACAAAAUUAUCAAUUUCCCAAACAUAUAUAUGUUAGGUGUGUUAUUAUACAUUAUUAUACGUAAUAUAAGCUUCAAUUUAAUGUAAAAUUCAACCACAAAUGCUUUGAAAAAUGUUUUAAAAUGUUCUUUAAACUGAACUGCCUUUUCGGUCGAUAAACUUCGAGUUUGAAAUAAAAUGAUUUCAAAUUCUCGCAUGCAAAUAACUUUGCUUUCCUCUUAAUUUAUAAAUUUUAAUAUAAUAAUAAAAAAGGGUAAUCAAUAAAUAUAUGCUGACAUUGUAUGCUUUAUUUUUUCAUGAUAUGCAACGAUCAGUUUUUAAAGCAAUUAUAAAGCAAACAAUUAAUACAUGAAUGUUUGAAACAAACUUACCUGCAUUAACGUCUGUGUCUUUGCUCCCUGGUUACAGUACGUCUAAUAAAUGUAUAAAAAAUUCGUACUCUAAAUUUCCAUCUACAAAACCCUUCUACUAUCAGUGAUAUCGACUGUAGAUGCCCCCAAAUCCUGAUAUAUAUAGGUUAUCAUAUAAGGGAUGAGGUGAUAUCAGUUUUAUCGCUCGAGGGAUGAUAUCGUCCCGAGGGAUGAUAUCGCUCGAGGGAUGAUAUCGCUCGAGGGAUGAUAUCGUCCCGAGAGCGAUAAAACUGAUAUCACCGAGUCCCGAGUACGAUAACCUAUUUAUUAUAUACUUGUACCUUUAUCAGGGUUUGCCACCCAAAAGUAAACAGUUUUGAAAAAAUAGGAUCAUUUUAGAAUUCAAAACAAUUCAUCAUUUACUGAACAAAUAUGAUUUUAGAAAAUAAAUAGACCAUUCAUAUAAAUAAUAUACAAUUUAAGUCUUUCGUUUUGUAUUAUCGUUCUUGUUUUCUUCGAUAAACUGUCCACAUCAACCAACACGAACCUCGAGUCGGCCAUCUUUGUUUUGACAAGGCGCGAAAUUUAGCGGGACAAAAAACGAUAUCCGGGACAAAAAACGAUAUCCGGGACGAUAUCGUUUUUAUGUCCCGCUGCUUCCUACCUGAUAAAGGUACAAGUAUGUGAUAAUUACCCAUACACCUUACAUUGGCAUCACCUUAGUAUAUAUACAUCAACGUUUGGUUAGAGCGCUGCACCAGAAUCGCAGGUUCGAUUCCUGCCAGACGGUCUAUAGUUGCAUUUGCAUAGUUGCUGUGGCAACUUCUACUUAUUAGGUCUAAAAAAUGUAUAAAAAGUUCAUACUCGAAAUCUCCAUCUACAAAACUCUUCUACUAUUGUCUAAGUAGGUAAUAUAGUAAGCGUAAUACAUGAUGAUGUAAGGGAGUGAGCUGAAUAAUGUCAAUCGAUGAUCCGUUAGUUUGCUGGCUCUAAAGGUCCAAGUAGAUAACAAAUGUCUAUUGUAUCCAUUAAUCCAUUUUAACUUCUUAAAACUAUGUAGGUAGACAAACUUCGUCAGGAAAUUGAGAAUCUGUUGCGGCAGAAGAACACACUUCAAGACCAAGUGAAAACUGCGAGAGGAGAUGCAAAGCGAUUCCAAGAUGACCUUGUUAGAUCUCAGAGAAAUCUUACUGAAAAGCAAUUCGAAAACGAUGGUUUACAAAAAGACCUCAAGAAUAAGAAUGGCGUCAUCGACAAACUCAAGUCCGAUAAGAACGCAUUACAAAGAGAAAUCGACCGCUUGCGCAUGGAGCUCGCUUCGAAAGAUAUGAUCACAGUCAGCACAUCAGAUAACGUCGAGUCGUCAAUGGAUGGUGAUCUGGAUAGUCUUAACAAUCAAUUGUCCGACUGGCAAGCCAACGCCGAAUUGGCUAACAAGGAGAAAGAAGGAUUGUUGAAAGAUUUGGAUGAUAUGCAAAAUCGUGUUAAUCAACUUCAAGGCGACUACGACAAGGCGAAGAGAGAUCUUCAGAAGCAAGAGAAGUCGAGCCAGGUGCAAAUUUCCAAGUACGAAUCACAACUGCAAAGUCUGCAAAAACAAAGAGACGGUUUGAAACAACAGUUGGAUGAUCUCAAAGAUCAGUUGAAGAGGAGCAAAGAGAACAACGCUCAGUUGCAGAAGGAGGUACUCGAUAAGCAGAAGCUCGCCGAUUCGCUGAAAGAGGAGGUCGGAGCAAAGGCUUCUCAGAUCGAUCGGCUCGAAGCGGACAACGAUGAGUUGGAUAACAAGAUCGAGAAGCUGAAAAAAGACCUUGCUCAGGCUGAAAUGGCAAACCAAGUUUUGGCAAAAGAUCGUGACGGACUUGAACGUGACCUGCAGAAAGCUGAGAACAACCUUGACGACUUGGAAGGUGCGCUGGGCAAAACCCGACAGGAGAAGGACGGUCUUCAGAAAGACCUUAACAUCACAGCGAACAAGUUGGCAAAUCUUGAAGACGCGAACAGGAAAGCGCAAGAUCGCAUCAAAGUUCUGGAAGGUCAAAUUCCCAAGUUGAAGGCGCGUGUUACAGAAGCAGAGGGAAAUCUUUUGUCGAUGAACAGCAAGUACAAGAAAUUGGAAGAUAACUUCAACAAAACGAAAGCUGACCUGGAUGACGCCCAAGCCAACCUCGCCGUUGCCAAGGAGCAAGUUGAUCAGCUAGAGACGACGUGUCAAGGAGCAAUAAAAGAUCGGGAUGACUACAAGCAACGUCUUGCAAACAGCGAGAAAAAGAUCGCUGAGUUGAAACAACAGCUUCAAAAAGUGCAAGACGAAAGAGACGAGCUGGAUAGCGAGGUUUCCAAGGCACGAAUGCAGAUUAGCAAAUUGCAAUCUCAACUGGAUAACGCACAACGACAAAAGACUCAACUUGAAAGUGAUUUGGCUGACCAGAAAACAAAGAACGCCAAAUUAACAAACGACUACACUGUCCUGAAAACAACUUACAACGAAGCAAAUAAAAACUUGCAAUGGCAUAAGAAUCAACUGGAGAGUAAAAACAACAUCAUUGCUGAGUUGAAGAAGCGUAUCGCAGCCUUACAAGCUAAACUAGAUCCGUUGUAUCAAGAAGUAAGCGACCUGCAGUCGAAAUGUGAAGUCCUCGGGAAAGAAAACGAAGAUCUACAGGAUAAAGCUUUGGAAGCCGAGCGAAAAUACAAGGAAUUACAAGUCGAGUACAACCUACUGCAGAAGGAGCGAGAUGAUCUUGCCAAGGAAGUUCAAGACCUCCUAAAGAAAAUUUCGGAGCUUCAAACCGCACUGAACAUCAGCCAGCGCGAGACGAAUGACUACAAGAACCAAGUGACCGUCCUGAAGCAGAAGUUGGGAAAACUUGAACGCGAUUUGGAUGGAGUAACAAAAGAGAAGAACGAACUUCAAGUUCGCAUUAAUGAUUUACAAACAAAUCACAAAAAGGUUAACGACGAGGCAGUAAUCCUAAAGAACCAACUGAACGACGUGCAAUCCUCACUUGAUGAUCACAAAAAUAAGCUGAACGAUAACGACAACUUGGUUACAAUGCUCCGUGAAAAGACCGUGCAACAAGAGAACGAACUAGACAACGUCAAAGGCGAUCUGGAUCAUUUCAAGAAUUCAUAUGAAACAACCGAAGACGAACGAAACAAGUUAAUACAUCGGCUGAAAGAUCGUGAUGACGAAGUUGACAACCUGAACAAUGUCAUCAAACAGAAAGAACAGAUCGAUAUCGAACAAGCGAUCACUGUUCAAACGUCCGACGUGGUUGAAUCCAGUAUGGGUGAUGACUUCUUCGCUGGUCCGUCGCAACAAGACCUGGAUGACGAAAUGGCAAGAAACAAAGACUUACAGAACGAAGUGGACAACUUGAAAACGAAGGUAACGCAACUACAGAAUGAAUGUAACAGCACAAAACGCGACGUCCAUGAUCUUCAGGAAGACCUGCAACAAGCACAAGAGAAGAUCAACAAAUUACAAGACGAGAACGAUCAGCUGACUGCUGAUAAGGCUGUUGAAACUGAGCGAGCAACGUUAGCAGAAGCAAAAGCUGACGAUCUCGAGAAGGAAGCGGAUACCGCUAACCAUCUUCGCGAGAAAGCCGAGGAAGAUCUUAAUGACGUCCGGGGACGAAUCCCCAAACUAGAAUCGCAACUCGACUCCUUGCAAAAGCAGAAAGCCAAGCUGCAGCGCCAACUUGAUGAUUCCAACGCCAACCUUACGAAAUGUAAAGAAGACAUCAUGAAUCUUGAAAGCCAAUUGGCGGAACAGACGAAGAAAAAUGACACCUUGAGUAUCUUGCUAGAAAAGAAGGAAAAGAACCUUGCUGAAGUAAAUCGUAAUGUGAAAGCAUUAGAGAACGAAUUAGAUGAGCUGAAACGUGAAUUGGCGAAUCUCAAGGCAACUAACGACGCGUUGACAGCCGAGAAGGAAGAAGACGACAGACGUAUUCAACAAAUGCAAGAACGCAUCCAGGAUUUGAAUAAGGAAGUUCAAAAACUUCGUGAAAUUCAAGAUAACCUUGAAAAUCAAGUAAAUACAAAAACCUACCAGCUUACAACGGCUCAAUCACAGUUAGAAAAUGCUCGCAAAGAUCGUGACUACUACAAGAAUGAACUUACAAAUGCCCAGAACAACGCCAAGAAAGACCGAGAAGACAUCGUUCGCCUACAGAACCGUGUACGCGCACUAGAACGACAGAACGAACAGUUUGAAAAAGAUAUCAAAACUAAAGAUGCGUUAAUCGAAAAGUUGAGGAAGAACAAAGCGCAGUUAGAGUCAGAUCUCCUGAAAACGAGAAAAGAGCUGGAAUCACUUCGCGUUGCCUACCAAAAAGCCCAAGAUAUAAUUCGAAAGUAUGAGGAUCAAAUACGCGAGAAGAGCUUAAAGAUCAACUCGAUGGAAAUAAAUAUCAAUAAUAUGAAGAAAGAAGCAGUUCCAGUGAGUUCCGGUAUCACAGUGCAACGUGUAUCUAAUGUUGAAAGUGCUCCUCCAGGCGGAACGCCAGAGCGUGAGAACAGCUUACGAUCCGAGAUCCAAGUCAAUAAGAAUCGGUUUGGAAAACUUGAAGGGGAUUACAAGAAAGCUCAACAAAAGAUUAUCGAACUAACCCAAGAAAACAGAAUGCUCCAAAAACGUGUAGACGACUUGCAGAAUCGUCUGGUCAAGAGCAACACUGAUUGUCAGAAACUCAAACAAGAUCUGAACGAUGCUUCUGACAAGAUCUCCGACCUUGAGGUGAAGAACGAGUAUGAGACCAGGGAAAAGAAUGCUCUUCAACAGCAGUUGGAUGAUGCGAAUAAACGAAUUGCGACUCAACGUGCUGACCUCUUGAAAGCAGAACAAAAAGUGGUUGAAACGAAGAUGCUCUACGAUGUUGCCCAGAAAGAUUUGCAAGAGAGAGAAGACGAGGUGCAGGGCUUACUGAAAGACAAGAAGAGUUUGGAAAAACAUUUGGAUACGACAAAAGCAACAAUGAACCAGUUGCAAGAAGAUAAUAAUAGACUGAAAUCGGACCAAGGUCGUCUACAGCAGGAAAUACUGGAUCUUAAGGAAAAGGUAAGAAAUAAAACUGUUGAAACUUUAGACUAACAUUGACAAUAUUUUAUAUCUUCAAAUCCUUGUUAUUCAAUGCAUUAAUUAUUAAUACACCUUCGAAACAAUGAGUUUAUAACCACAAAAAAUGGGCCCAAUCCAUGUUUACACUACAAGCAAAAGCUUGGCCACAGAAUAGACACACAGAAGCCCGACUUCUUUCUUGGGUUUUUUCCAACGAUUCCCCCAAUGAAUUUGGCGUAACCGUAAUUCGUCAUCAAAAUACAGACGCCUUGGGCCUAGUCAGUGCGCGUUUGAGAGGCAUUCACCCCCCUGAAAAUAUUCAAAAUGGCAGACGUCCAGGGGGUAAUGCUUCUCAUUUUGAUGAUGAAUCAUGGCGUGGUAGCGGUUACUCGAGUCGACCUUCUGUAUGUCUUUAUUCUGUGGCUUGGCCCUGGCUAGGUUUCACUAGUUUAAUCAUCCAAUCAGGGCUUGCAGUGUAAGCAUUGCUUAAAUGUCUUGCACACCCGUGUCUGUUAAGGUUGAGAAGAAAUCGUUUGAAUAGAUUGUGUAAGUUAAUAAUUUUCAGUUAGCAAGCUGUUGCUAAACGAUAUAUUUCUCUGUUUAAAAUGCAGAAAAUGGUCGUUUGAUUACUGAAUAUAAAUAGUUGAACAUCUUACUAAUGUAAGUUUCUACCUUUCUCAGCUAUCAGAUUUGGAGACCAGACUACAGAAAGCCCUUACUGACAAAGAUCGUGCACAGAAAGACGUGAAAGAAUGCCUUGCCAAAAUCGCUGGUUUAGAGCAACAAAUAGAAGAGCUAACAAGGGACAAAGAAAACCUGUACCAGAAAAUCGAAGAAUUGAAGGCCACUGCUGGACGGCAUCGUGAUGAAUGCAAUAAGUGCGAAAAGGAACUUGCACAAUUGCAAGCAGAAUUCGAUCGCUUAAAGGCCGACAAUGAGGAGAAAGAACGUCAAAUCGAGAAUUUAACCGAAACCAAGAUUAUCGUUGAGAAGGAAAACGAAGAGUUGAAGAAACAGCUGAAGAAGCUGAACGCAGAUUUCGAUGAUGCUGUUGAGACGAACCGCCAGAACGAGAAUAUGAUCAGCGUAUCAAAUGUGCAAAAUGUUGAAAGUGCUCCUCCAGACAUGUGGGAUGGAAUGGACCCAGCCGAAGAUUCAAGCAUUCUGAAGAGGAAGAUAGACGAGUUAGAAAGUGACCUCGGCCAAAGCCAAGACAAAGAAAGGGAAGCGCAAAGUAAGUUCCUGGAACUCAACGCUUACAUCGUCAAGAUGGAAGCCAUCUACGAGCAACUCCUCGCCAGGAAGAAAGAGAUCGAGCAGGAGCUUUACGAUGCUCAGCAUGAAUUAAAACCUCUCAAAGAUGAUUUCAAUUCGACGAAAGAAGAACUUCAGACCCUUGCUGGGCAAUACUCUAACCUCAAGCGAGAAAACGCCAGCCUCCGAAUGCAACUCGAACAAGCACAGCAAGCAAAGAAUCAACUGGAGAAACAGCACGAAGAUGUUAUUAUGAAAGACAGAAAUAACGAACAGAAUCUCUUGAAUACUGAACGUAAACUUCAAGAACUACAGUUACAACUGGAGCAGGGAGAGAAUAAUAAGGACAAAGACAAGAUAAUCGAAACCCUUAAAGAAGAAAAGAAAGAACUAGAGAAGCAAGUUCAUCUUCUUCGUGAAGACCUCAAUCUUAUGCAAGCCAACCUUGGCAACGUUCAGAGGAAACGCGACGAUCUCGAGAAGCAAUUGUUCAAUAUGCAGAAACAGUUCUCAGAUGUCGACCUGAGGAUGAAAACCUUGAUGCAAGAAAACAAUGAAUUGAAUGAUGAUAUCAUUGCUGCACAACGUAAACAAGCUGAUCUUCAAAACGAACUGCAGAAGGCACUGAAAGAAAAAGCGAUGUUACGAGGGGAACUAGAUGAGGCGAAGGCGCAGCUCUUCCGCAACAAAGAAACUCAUGCUAACUUGGAAAGACAAGUCACCGAACAUAGAUCGAACGUCGACGCCUACAGAAAGGAUCUUGGAGAUAAAGAAAACGAUGUUGACUGGCUACGAAAUCAGGUUCACGCGUACGAAGACGAAAUUAGUUCCUUGAAAGUACGACUGCACUCCUACCGGGAAGAUUAUGAGAAAGCACAACAAGACAUGACAGUUUUGCAAAGCAAGCUUCAAGAGAGAGACAACACCAUUACUGAUAUUCAAUUCAAAUUGAAAGCACUUGAGCAAGAAAACAAGAGGCUUAAGAAUGAGCUGGCAGUUGCAAAGGCUUCAGCUGAUGAUUACAGAAAAUCUUACUCCGACGCCCGAAAGGAAAUUGAAAGAUUACAACUAGAAAUUCUUGGUCUCAAUCAACAGGUUGCUACAUUGCAAUCGCGCCUGGAAGCCACUGAAGAAGAAAGAGAUCGUUUGAAAGCCCUUCUGGAUAAAAUGAAGAAGAAUAACUCGGAAUUGAAAAUUCAGCUGGAUACAGUCCACAACGAAAAGAGCAAGAUGGCUAACGAUAUGAAUGUAAUUAAGCGUGAGACCGAGAACGUACAGCAUUCCGCUCCACCCGAUCAAGUUGAUUCCGGAAAGGAAAAAUCAACCAAGAUCUACGAGUUACAGAAUAGUUUCGACAACGUCAAACGAGAUCAUGAUGACGCGCAACGCAACUUGGCCAACCUCCGCAAGAAAAACAUGAAAUUGGAAACGACUGUUUCUGACCUUAACCGACAAAAAGAUGGCAUCGAAUAUGAUAACCAAUGGAAGACCAAGCGCAUUGCAGAUCUUGAGAAUCAGCUAAAUGACUUGCAAAACAGCAGCAAGGUUGGCAGAGAAGAUAUUCUUGCAUGGCAGAAAAAGAUUGCAAAACUGGAGCAAGACCUAAGCACAGCAAAGAACAAGAAUAGAAGAUUGGAAGCUUACAAUGCUGCAUACGAUGGUAAAGUGAAAGAAUUGAACGACGAUUUGAUCGAAGCGAACCAAAAAAUUGCACAACUUGAAAGCUCCCUUGAAGGAUGCCAAGACAUCAUUGACAAGAAACAGAGGGAUCUCCUUGACGCAGAGAAAAAAGCAGCGAACCUGGAAACGGCCAAUCAAAACAUCUCGAAAGCAAAGAAUGAAUUACAACGCAAUCUCCAAGCAGCCAAAGCUAAAAUUCUUGAUCUUGAAGAGGACUUGCAAGCUGAGAUCAAGCAAGUUGCACAACUGAAGGGCAUAAUGGGUGAUUACAAAGUCAGGAACGAGAACCUGAAGAACGAAAACGCCAGACUUCAGAAAAAACUUUUGGACUUGCAAUCCUCGACAGAUGUCAGUUCGCGAGACGUAGCCGAAAUGAAAUACACCAUCAACAGGUUGGAAACCGACAACAAACAACUGACUGGUGAUAACCAAGUACUGCGAAGGCAGCUUAAUGACGUCAAACAAGAUAACGUGAGACUUCAAACUGAAAAGAGAGAUAUCCAAAACCAACUCCAGAAGCUGAAGAUGCAACUGGCUGAACUUCAACAGAACAAUGAUAUGCUGCAAGACGAGAAUGAGAAGCUGAAGCGUGACCUAACUGCAGCCAAUGUCCAGAUUCAAGAAAUGAUGGACAACAUGCAACAACAGCCACAACAAGAAGUUAUGGUGGAGUCAUCCCCUGACAUGGGGUUGUUCAGCGAACCAGAUUCAGCGGAGUUAGAUUUCCUCCGUCCAGAAAAAGACCGUCUGCAGAAUGAAGCUACGGACUUGAAAAAGAAGCUCGAUAACCUGCAAGAUGCCUAUGACAACUUGAACGACGAAAAGGCGAACAUGGACGAAAAGAUCCUUAACUUGCAGCGAAAUGUUUCUGAUCUCAAUAGAGAAAAACAAGAAUCAAACGCAGAACGUGCCAAACUGAGGCGUGACCUCGAGGACGCGAUGGAGAAACUCGCUGACCUUGAAGAAGAAAACCAACGUCUCAAGGUAGAAAAUGCCUCCCUUAAACAAGACUAUGAAGACGUGCAAAUUCAACUGGUCAAGGUUCAAGCACAAUACGAUAUUCACAUUACGCAUACAUCAGACAACCAAAAAGAUGCCCAAGCGUCGACGCAGAAGUUCAAAAACCUAGAAGAAGCAUUAAAACGAAGCCAAGGUCGGGAGAAUGAAUUGCAGAAGGAAGUAUUGGAUGCUCACAAGAAAGCUGCUGCUUUGGAGUACGAGGUCAAGAGUGCGAACGAGAAACUCGAAGAUCUGGACGAUACGGUGAAAAAGAACAAUGACAAAAUCAAGACUCUUAAAGACGAAGUCGUGGGCAAAGAGAAGAAGGUUUCGGAAUUGGAAGCCAACAUGGAAGACGCGGUCGACAAGAUCAAAGAUCAAGAAUAUGAAAUCGAUGGUCUCAAGGGGAAACUUAACGAACUCGACAACAAAGAUAGACAAUCGCAAGAUGGCAGAAACGACCUCGAAAGCCAGUUUGUAACUAUUAAAAGCCGUUCUGUCAAAUUGGAAGACCUGCUGAACGACGCCAUUCAAGAGAAUGAUGAUUUGCAGAAGCGCGUACAAGAUCUUCAAAAUGAAAAUGACAAGCAGAAUUCAGAUUUCUCGAAGCAGAUAUCCCAGAUUCACCAAACAACUGAAAUUUACCGACGCGACCUUUCCGACCGUGAAAAUCAAAACGAAAAGUUGAAGAAACAAGUGAGCGACCUGACGAAGGAAAAUGAGCAGUUGAAACGAGAUAUGGGGAAUAAGAAGAACAGCGUGGAAACAUACCUGAUUGAAAUUGAACGACUGAAACAAGAACUGAUCGUCAUCCGAGAACGUGCAACAAAGGCUGAUCCAAGAAUGGCUGAAGAAAUGUUAGAAAUGAAACAGAAAUACGAUGAGAUCGAGAGCGAGAAGGAAACACUCCGCACAGAAAAGCAAAAUCUUCAAUACCAACUGCGAAUUGUAACCGAGAAGCUAACCGAGAUCGAAACUGUCUACAGACAAAGCACCAAUGGCUUGGAGACCGUUACACAAGAAAUGUACGCUUUACGACAAAAGAUCAACACAAUGGAACUCGACUUGCAAAAAGCGAUCAAGGACAGAAUGAUUUUAGAAGAGCAGCUUGAAAAAGCCAACCGUGAACUGGUGAUCCGUCACGAGUAUAUCGUCAGGUUAGAAAAGGAGGUCCGCGAUUUACGUGUUGAGAAAGAAUUCCACGACCAAGCAAUCGAAGAACGCGAGCAAUCGAUCAAAACACUCCGCAUUAAAGUGGUUACAUUGGAGAAGGAGAUCGCCAGUCUGAAAUGGGAUAUCGAGGUGUUGAAGAAAGAAAAACAAACGACUGAAGUUACUUUGGAUGUAAAACCAAAGAUCGAGAGAACAACCUACGAGAUCACCCACGCAAUGAGUCCCGAAUCAAAGUCAGUUGUAACUGGUAAACCACACGAAGUGUCAACUUUAGAUUUCAGCGUCAAUGAUAAAGCAGGUGACGGCUAUAGUGUAGGACAGACGACAACACGAGUCUACUCAAGAGGGAACAGUGAUGACGCAAACUACAGCUUAAUUUAUGGUAAGAUGGCAUAGAUAUUUCACAUAGACAAAUACAGGUUUUACUUUACACAGAGUAGUCUUAUUAUCCAUUAGCCAAUACACGGGCCAAUUAUGUGCUAUCACACUUACGUUUUGUGGUAAGACCAAAAAAGAGUUAAAUUUUGAAAGAAAACCAUACUUGGAUUGAAAAGUGACACAAUCAACUUGUCAGCCCCGUUUACACGACAGUCAUUUUGGGCACGGCACGCUUAAAUUUUGGCACGCGGACCCAUUUUUUGGGCACGGUACCCCGGAUUUUUGUCGUGUAAAAAACGCAAAAUUAAAGGUCCGCGUACCCAAAAUUUUAGGCUGGUCGAGACCUCCUCAGGAGGUAGUCUCGGCCCGCCUAAAAAUGGGCCCGCGGACCGAAAACUUGUUACACACGCGUUUUGUUUCUCACAUUGCAAAAAUAUUGUGUCUGUACAAGCAUUAUGGUCAUGCGUAAAGAAACUAUUCAAAUGGAAAUCUUCAAUACAAAUUUCCGAAAACUUGACUAUCUCAAUAAAAAUAUAGUUUCUGUUUAUUUUAGUCGGGAGAAAGCUGAAAAAUUGGUAAAAAUGAAAUGUAAAUCUAAUGUUCGGAAUAAAGUUUAAUACACUUUUCGCUACACCAAAAAGUCAUGGCUGAAUAGAUUAGAUAUUUCAUGUCAAGUCAAGGUUUUGACUCUGAAUGUAAGAGUGCCUACACUUGGCAGUACCCUAGUAUACAUACAUGAACUUGUGGUUAGAGCUCGACAACUGGCCUCUGUAGCUCAGUUGGUUGGAGCGCUGCACCGGAAUCGCAGGGCCGCAGGUUCGAUUCCUGCCAGGGACAUAAAGUUACAUUUUUCGCAGCUGUUCCUGGUUAGGUCUAAUAAAUGUAUGUAAAUUUCCACUCGAUAAUUUCCAUCUACAAUACGUCAAUACCCUUCAAGUAAAUUACCUCUGCUCAUAAUCCAUGGUUCGCGAACAACCAUGAACUUCGAGGGUCGUUUCCACUGAUCGUAAACAACGAAUCACAAGCUCGCUGCGAGUGCUUGCAUCCAAUCACAAUGCUCGACAGUUUAUUUUACUUGGAAGCAAGUACUCGUGCAGAACGAUGUAAGUUCUUGCGAUGAGUGCAAAAAGAGCCUUGCCCUUGAUGCCAAACAUUAUUUUACUUUUAGGUGAUGGGGGAGAUCGAGAAGUACGAACCCGAGUGAUCAAGAGAGAAACGAGAACCAUCGAAGGACCCGUAUCGGCUGGUACCUUUAGCCACAGCAUUUCCGAAGGGUUUAUGCCUGGCGAUUCAACGACGACCUACACUCGAACACUAUCUGGUGGCCCCGAAACAGGUGAAAUUCAAGUAGUUCGCAAAGAAAGGAGAAGUCGAAGAUUCUUGGACGAAGGCAAAUAUUAAUAAUGAACAUUACAAACUUUAGUUAAUAGAAUUCAUUAGUAGCUUAUUUAAUGUAAUAAUUUUUGAUAUUUUAUUAUCCAAGUUAAAUUCUUUUCUAUUAGUAUUCAAUUUGUAAUUGAGGGAGCAAAACCAACUUCUUUUAUGAUAAUCAAUCAACGAAAUUAAAAUCAUCCUUCGUGAAAAUUCGAAUAUGCCGAACCAUGUUUACAGGACAUAAUUAUCUUAAAUUAUUUAAAACUCGUAUGUUUUGCGUUCUAGUCGCUUUGGUUUGAUUAAGCAGAGUAUUUUUGAAAAAUAAACAGACUUGAAGUUGGUCGUGCUGCUUUGACGCUGUCGCUGGGCAGCUGUAAUUGUAGUUUUCGCACAGUUCAAACAUUAGCAUAAAUUGGGAACAUUAUUCACGUGUGUUAGUCCAUAUUUUUUGGAAAGGCACUGUAUUGUGCUUUGGUAUAGACACUUGUACAUGCAUUUGCUAGCUGAGAAUGCUGCAAGAAGGGAUGGUUGUUUAUCAAUAUCCAAUCCGAAAACAAUUAGAGUGUUUAAGCUCCAAGUCAGUCUACAGUAUUAAUUAGCCAAUAACUGCCUUCAUACUUCAUUAUAAAUUUUGCACUUUUGUAUUGUUUGAAUAUCGUAAUUAGUAAUUUCAAUAAAUUUUUUGUAACAAUUUUAAAAACUUACCAGGUGUUCCAAAUUGACUUCGGGUGGCUAAAGUAAAAAUUGACACGAAGCCUAGUAGAGCAAAACAGUUUCAUUAUUAUUGCAUAUGCUGUAAGUC